UUCGUCUAAAUUACUAAAUAAAAAACACUUAGCAUCUAAAUUCUAUCUUAUUCUAAUAGCAUUAAAGAUGUUCAGUUGUCGACAUUAUCGUGUAACAUAAUAGAAAAUAGUAGAAAUAGUCCCGUUCGUAGUAAAUAAUGACGACACUGGGGAAAUAUUUUCAAUUGGUCAAAACAAAGAGUAAUACGAUUGAAGACGCAUGAAUGGAUUGCGUUGCGUAGUGUGUUAAAACUAGGCGAACGUCCCACCAGACUUUAAUUGUGCCACAGAAACAGUUAAAAGUUCUAGUUAAUGUGAUUAUAGUGCUCGAAAAUGGCUGCAGCGUUCGACUCGCCGAAAUACCAAAACAGUUUAAUUUGCUGCAGCCCACGUACGGCGGACGCUUACUCGAAAUCAUCCUCGUCGACCUCGGGAUGCGUCUCAGCUGAUGAGAGCUACGAUUCCUUAAAUCAAGUACCUAAAACGAUAGCGAUAAAAAAAUUAAAAAUCCACAGCACAGCGACGAAGGAAGAAGUCGAAAAAGCGAUUAAACAAUGCAAGGAAUUAAUUCUAAACAGCCAACAGUGCUCCGAUGAGCGUAAAUGGCUGGUUAGAUAUCUAGUCGAACUGCGAUUACGUCUAGAAGAUAUUAAGGACACAGACGGACAGCCUAGAUUAGGCGUGUGUAUAAAAGGUCAUCAUUUUAAGCAACAAACGACGCCUCAGAACAGAAAACAGUACUGCGACCAUUGUAGUGGUGUAAUAUGGAGUAUUGUACAAAGCUCGUAUAUUUGCAGCGACUGUGGCUAUUUAAGUCAUUACAAAUGUGUAGACUACAUUUGCAGAGUAUGUGCGCAUGUUGUUAUGACGGACAAGGGGCAGUUUGAGAUGGAAAUCUGUCCGGAAAAAGGUUUGGCAUCUCAAGACUAUAAAUGUGCUGAAUGUGCAACAGCCCUGACCUUUAAAGAUGCUUGGAACGAGCCAAGGCUAUGUGACUAUACUGGGUUAUACUUCUGCGCAACCUGCCAUUGGAAUGACCAAUCAGCGAUACCUGCUAGAGUUGUACACAAUUGGGACUGGGACAAGCAUUAUGUAUCACGUCUCGCCUUCCAGAUGUUAAACCUAGCUUGGAAUCUGCCUUACAUAGAUAUAGAGAGCAUCAAUCCGAAGCUGUUUAACUUUAUAGCGGAACUUGAAUGGGUGCACAAGAUGAGGAAAGACCUUGAAUGGAUGAGGAGAUACUUAUGUGCCUGUUCAGAAGGUUCUGCUCUUCUUUCACCAUUAUUUAUGCAGCUAGGUGACAUAAAUAAAAAGUACAGUAUGGCACAUUUGCAAGCGAUCAAUGACGGGACUCUAGAAACUAAGUUAACAGAGUUGACAGAAGUCUGCCGCACUCACAUAACCAACUGCAGUUUAUGUUCAGGAAAGGGAUAUCUAUGUGAAAUUUGUAGUAACAAUGAGAUUCUCUAUCCGUUUGACAGCGGGGCCAUAAUGUGUAACAAAUGUAACACCAUGUUACACCGCGUCUGCUGGCUCCGUAAGGGACAGAAAUGCCCCAAAUGUGUCCGUUUGGAAGAACGUAAGAAACUGCAUGAGGUUACCGACGAAGCUGACACAACUGCUGAACAUGAAUACGACAUAGACAAAUUUGUUGAAUGAUUUGACAUUUAUAUUUUAUUUUCUAUAGAUAUAGUGCAUAUUUUCCAUCGUAUUUUCACUGAGAUUUACGAACGUGUCUUGCUAUUUCAGUCAGUCUCGGUACAAGAAAACUGAGAUUGACUGAAGUAGCAUGACAAAUACGAACCAACAACCUUUCCGAGAAUAUAUGAUGAAAAACAAUUUAUGCACUACAUCUUUACCUUAUUUUUGCCAAACUAACAUUUAUAUAGUCAUUGGACUUGUAAAAUAUACAUGCAAUUUUGUAAAUUAACAUUUUAAAUGGUGCUGUACAUUUUAGCAAUAAAAUAUGUAUGUUCAAAGCUUUAAAUAAAUGGCGUAAUUAAUUAAUAAUUAUGGAAAGUGGUUCACAACUUGGAAUUACUUUUAGCUUCCUAAAAUAUAGUUUAGACUAAAAUAAUAACUCACUUUAUUUUAAAUUCUAAUCAACUAUUUAAUGAUCUAAACCUUGUAUUAAUUGAUAUUAAAAAAAAACAUGUAAUUAUAGAUGUAGUGUAUAUUUGUUUUCCAUCGUAUUUUCUCGGAAAAGUUCGUAUCUGUCAUGCUACUUCAGUCAACGUCAGUGCUUUUUGUACCGAGACUGACUGAAAUAGCAAGACACGUUCAUAUGUUUCCGUGAAAAUAGUUACAACGGAAAUUAAUUAUGCGCUACAUCUGUAGGCAUUUUCGUGUAAGUAUAAUCUUUUGACCACUAAUAUUUUGUUUAUUGUACUUUCAAUGUAUUCAACUAUUUUUGUAUUGACUUUCUUUUGACAUAAAAAAAAUUAUCUAUGGCCUGGCGCUGAUCUAAAAAUCCUCAUCAGAUAUAUCUGACCAAACAAGAUGCUCAUAAUCAUCUGAACAUAACAUAUUAUCAUCAAGGUUUUACAUAGCAUAUUAAUUGUGUUCAAUCAAUAAUUCUAGAGCAUGCAUCUAUUAUCUAUUGAUGAUAUUGAUAAAAUAAAAUCAGCCUUGCUUGAAUUUAUAUGUAGAUUUAAAAAUUGGACUUCCAAAAAAGGUUUGACACGUAGAAUGUAAACAUUAAUUUAUAGUGACAUUAUUGUGUUUAUGUAAGUAUUUGUAUUAGCCAGGGGUCGGCAAACCGCGGCUCUUUGAAGGUACAACUGCGGCUCUUUAAACUACCCAAAAAAAGAACACUUGUGACGUCCCACGGGCAAAGGUACCUUAUGGCGGGUAUGGAGUUAUGCAUACCCCAGUAAUCUACAAUAAAUAAGCUAUCGAUAAAACAAAAGAUCAACCUUCUAAGUUGCGUAGUUACAGAGAUAUGAUUUUUUGAAAAUAAUGUUGUGAAAUGAGCAACUUUACGAUAGAGAAGUUUUAAGUUUAGCCGCCUAAAAAACUAUGUUCCUGAAGUAAGUUACAUAGUUGACUACAAAUAAUAAUACCUUAUAUAUCUGAGAUUUAAAAAAUGUUGCGACUUGUUCUGUAAUGCAAAUAGAAACCUUUGAUAUCGACUGAUUUAUGUGUAUACUAACCAAUCUCUUGAAAAUAAAGUUUUAUUUCAUUUUCACGAUUGAUUGCAAUGAGCUCUCAAGAUUUAAAUUGUAUCUAUUAGAAAACGACAGUGAGAGACAGUUUAAGCAAAAAACAAUACCGAUUUAGAGGUGAAAAUGUAUUUUCUGACUUUUCAUAUAAAAUCAGAAAAUUGAAUAUAUUUACUUUUAAUGUAACACACAAUCAAUUUUUCUGAGCACAUAUGAAAGAAAUUCUGUCAUUAAAAUGAAAUAAAUCCUAAAACCCCAACUAAAUACUAUAUUUAACCCCUUAUGCCACUUUAAACUUACAUAACAAUUACAGUAUUUGCUCCAUACAUUUACGAAAAGGUACCUUAUGGAAAUAAAUCUAAUAAUACAUCACUACAAAACAUCAAUCACAUUGAAGUUUAUCUUUUAUGAAUAGAAAAUAUUAAUUUACAUUAAACUGCCACAAAUUUAAUUAGUUCUUCGUCAUAAUAAUCUUAAAAAAGACCAAUAAUUUGUAUGUAAUGAAAAGGUACCUUGUGGUUAAGUUACAUGAUGAGGCAUGAUGAUGAUGGAACAGUUAGGAUAAACUAAUAAUAUUUUGGGGUAAAGAUGGUAUAAAUCGUCUAUUUCUUAUCAAUAAUAUAUAUUGGUUGCCAUUGAAGACAAGCGGCAUUGAGGUUCAAUGACCUCAGAUAUUCCAUAAGGUAAUGCGUCGGGUAUUGGCAUUUUUCAGCAAACCAAUGGCUGAUUUAUUGCAUGCGACCAAACCAAAUGAAGAUUAUACUAGUUAAGAAAGACUUGACGAGAGUAACUUUGGUAUAAUAGCAGGCUACUUGGAUUUGUAAUGUCGGUCGAUGUACGGUUAUAAUAUUUGCUAGGCGCCCCAACCAGAACUGAAAUUAUCAAAUUAGUUUUGCAGAAUGCUAAUACAGUCCUCUACCAAACUUCUUUUCCGGUAUUGACUAGUUUUUUUGGGAAUUUUCAAUCUUUUUUCCAUAAGGUACCUUUUCGACUAAACUCUGAGACGACAUUACUAGGCUUAUAACUAACUUAUAACAAAAAUAAAAACAGGUAAACAAACGUUACGCAUUAAGGUUUCAGAUCACACAAUAAAAAAAAAUUGAGCAUUUUUUCACCUCUUUACAAAACAUUUCAUAUCUCCGAAACUAGAAACCCUCAUAAGGUACCUUUUCCCGUGGAACGUCACACUUGUUCUUAGACCACCGAAAGCAGCGCUUGUGGUUCUUUGAGCUACAUAUUAUAGCAGAUUUUUUGCUGGGCUUGGCUCUUUCUAAAUAGUUUGCCGACCCCUGUAUUAGACCAUACAAAUGUCAAGGGAAUAUUCAGCCUGUGAUUUUGUAUGUAUGUUGUUCCAUUAGUUAUUCGUAUGUUCAU